AUGAAUUUUCCUAAACGUAUUGAGGAGCAAACAGAAAAGCUCAAACAAGAAAUGUUUGGUGACAUAUCUCGACAAAACCUUUACUCACAUUUAUCGUCCAAACAUCCUGGUCUGCUUUCUUCAUUCAAAGCUGCUUGUAUACGUGGCGAGCAAACGCCGUCAAAAAGAAAUCGAGAGGAAGAUUCAGACACUGCUGAUCUUCAAGGUAAAAAUCAAAUUGCUUUGAAAGAUUGCACAAAAGCUUUAGAAUUGAAUCCAACAUAUUUCAAAGCACUUAUGCGACGAGCCAAACUUUAUGAAGAAUUAGAUCAACUUGACAAGGCUUUAGCUGACUAUAAAGAAUUACAUGAACUACAGCCCACCAAUGGGGAGUUAAUUGUGCCUUGA